GCGUGCAGGGCGGCUGGGNNNGCGGCCCGGCGGGGCGAGCCGCAGCACCAAAGGCACCCAUGGCCAGCAACGUUUCCCCUGCAGGCACUAUUGGACAGGCGUGGAUGAAAAAAGAUCAACUUCCCUCUCGAAAGCAAUUUGUCUUUGAAAAGCCAUCAGAGGUGGGACGCAAGGUUCCUGAGGCAGGUGUGAUAGACAAGCCUGGCGUGUAUGAGCUCAGCACAGGACCAAGCGGAGUUUCUAGGAUUCAUUUGAUUCCUGGCUUCAUUGAUUCGGAACAAGCAGACUGGAUGUUUGAACAACUCCUCCAAGACAUACCCUGGGGUCAGAGAACUCACAUCAGACAGGAAAUGUCUUUUGAGGAGCCAAGGCUUACCUCCUGGUAUGGGGAACUUCCUUACACGUACUCCAAGAUAACAAUGCAGCCAAACCCAAAUUGGCAUCCUCUGCUGACUAUGCUAAAGGAGCGCAUUGAAGAGUUCUCUGGCUAUGCCUUCAACUCCCUGCUCUGCAACCUGUACCGAAACGAGAAGGACAGCGUAGACUGGCACAGUGACGACGAACCAUCGCUGGGAAAAAAUCCCGUCAUUGCCUCGCUCAGCUUUGGUGCUACCCGGACCUUUGAGAUGAGGAAGAAACCCUCCCCCGAAGAGAAUGGAGACUAUACUUACGUAGAGAGACUAAAAAUCCCACUCGAUCAUGGGGCUCUGCUGAUGAUGGAAGGAGCUACCCAGGAGGACUGGCAGCAUCGAGUGCCUAAAGAAUAUCAUUCCAGAGAUGCACGUAUAAACUUGACCUUUAGGAUCAUUUAUCCAGAACCUGAUGGAGUUUGGAAGUGAAGAGGCACUUUGGGCGUUGCUGAACACACAGCAGAUCGAGAGCCUCAGUUGGCUACGUGUUUUACAGGAGCAGAGCUCUGUGAAAUACCUGAUGAGCAAAACACCUGAUGUCGUGAAGGUCUUUGACAAUCAGUUACCUGUUAUGCGGACAGUGUGGUUUUGUUUUCAGAAAUGGUAUGCUUUUAGAUGGUACUAAAUCACAGGCUAUGUUUGUGAAAAGAUGAUGAUCAUUCUUAACAGAACAUGGAAUCUCUGAGAGGUACUGACUGGAGCAGGAAGAUUCAGUGAGCAGUUACUUCUGCACCUUCUCUUGUCUCCCCUUUAUCCCCAGAUGGUGAUCUACGUUCAAGUGACAUAGAUGCAGGACAUGUUCAGGAUUAUUUUAUGUUAAUAAUUAUGUAAAUGAAUUAUGCUUGUGCCUAGUAGAACAGUGGGUCGAGGCUUCCUUCUGCUGUGUUCUCUAUGGGCAGAGUUUUGUCCUAACUGCUUAUUUGUGUAGACAAGUCACAAAAGGGCAAGGAACAGAAACAUCUUAGCCAUGAAUGUUAUCAGCUAGGUCAAAACUGCCGAUUUCUUGAGUGCUAACAGUCUUUCAUCCCUGUUGGCGUAGAAGUGUUACCUCCAUGUCAUAGGCAGGAAAACAGAAACAAGGAGAUAAAAAUAUAUAUAUAUAUAUUUUUCAGAAUUUACUAAUGCAUUCUUAGUUUCUUUUUAGCACAACUGAGUUGUGGCUUCCAGUGAUUUCAGGUGGGACAAGAAAUGUCAACAUCACUAAAAUUCAUGCUUGCUCUGCCAAACUUGAUACCCAGAAUUAGCCCAAAGAUUUGGACACAAAUUAUUAUAAUCACACUGUAAGCUGCAAAGCUGUAAGUAUAGUGUUGGUAUCACCAGGCACGGCACCCAGUCUGGUGCUGCUAGCAGAACAUACUGCUCCUAGAUCGGUGCUGACUGCAUUACAGCAGGGGUUGCUUGCAGGGCGCUCUCUCAAACUGCUGCUGUCACAGAGGAGCAGUCAGCAGCUCAGACCCAAUUCUGGGUUGCCUUGCUGGACGUUGCCUGACCUCGGUACGUCCUACCUGUUGUUAGAACCAGCGAGCUGACGGUUGCCUUCUCAGUUGUCAUACAUGCUGUCUGCAUGGUUCUCACUGCAGCGGAUAGCAUCCCCUCUCCUGGACCAAAACACCCCUUUGGCAUGGCUUCGCUUUCUGCUUGAAGCAGGAUCUAAGCACGGUAAAUACUCUGUGCCUUGUAACACACUGGCAAGCUUCUUUAACGCAAGAAUAAGCUGGUGGAUGGAAAUCACCUGUCUCUUCUUAGCCAGCAUUUUCUGUAGUUUAAAGUUGUUCUUGACAAGAAGAGUCAAGCUGUUAAUACUCAGUUAUGCCUAUUUUUUAAGGUACUGAUGACCUAAAGGAGUCUUUUCAUUCCCUGUAUUCUGAAAUUUGGCAGAAACAUUUUCUUUGUGUAUCAGACAAACUUAUUAGCAGAUUCUCUAUUUAAAACACCAUACAGAUUUUGAAAUAGCUUAUUCUUCUAAAAUGAAUGCACGUUAUUGGAAAACUUAUCUUGUUAUCUAAUUUCUUCGCUUUUAUCCCAGUUCCUAAAGCAAUACGUUUUUGGAAAUAUGUUUGAAACAAGUUUCCAAUGUAAUAUUAAUUUCUUGCACUUGAAUCUAAGAUACGGGCUCAGUGACGUAUGUCCUGAGAAUUCAUGUUGAAGCAGUUGGACAUUUGCUUUAAAAUUCAUCUUCUUCAGGUAACUGGUGCUUUGUUUACGUCCCUGUAUUUGUGCCCACUUAUUGCAGUCCUUGCAGAGAGUAUUUUUCCUUAACCAAAGGGCAUUGCUGAUUUCUCCAGGUAUUGACUAGGCAACGUGUGAGCCUUCAGUAGUUCAUGCAAGCUCCGUUUGUUUACACUCUGUUAAAAGCAGUCAUGCUGCAAGGAGUAGGAGAUGGGGGCUGGUGGGAACUUGUUAAACACACAAACCCAAAACCUAUGGAAAUUGCAACUUGUUUGAAUUCAGUGGAGCCGUGACGCACAGGCAGGGCCGUGGAGGCUGCUGCUAUUGAGGAAAAAAAACACUUCUUUGCUUACUUUCUCAGUUUUGAUUUACAAUGUUAGCAAACUGUGUUGUAGUUUUAUUUAUUUGGGUUGAACUGGAAGAAGACAAAGGUUUGCCCCCCAAAAUAAAACAAUUUACAAGAGAAAUGCCGUAUCCCA